AUGACUCUGUACGGUGCCCCCGUGUUCGCAGGCGCUCUCACCACUCCGAACAAGAUCCUCCUGAGAAGACCCCAGUGGGUAAAAACGGCGAAAAUUCUGCAACUUUUACUAGUUAUUUCUACUGUGUUAAUUGUCACUAAUUGUGCGCCGUUAUCAAAAGACAGUGAAGCCACAAUAUUAAACUAUGAAAAUACAAACGACGGUACAGGCAACUAUUAUUUCAGAUUCGAAACAUCAAAUGGUAUAACACGGGAGGAAAAAGGAACACUAGUAGACGCUGGUCUCGAAUCCGAACACAUUUCUGUAGAAGGCUCAUACUCAUACAUGACUGAAGAAGGAAAAAUAGAAACUGUCAAAUAUGUUUCUGAUGAGAACGGAUACACUAUUUUGACUUCACAAGAAGUUUUACCACCAGUACCAGCAGCAGGUUUACCUCCUGCGGUAGUAGCGUCAUUGCUUGGAAAAUGAAUGAUAUUUGUGUGAAUAUCUAAGCAAUUAACAUGAUGAAAACAAAUAUAUUUUUGGUGAUAUAAUAAUUAGUUGGUUACCUAACUUCUACAGUAUUGUUUCAGUUUACUACCAUUAAACAAAUUGUAAGACUUAAA